UCGUGAAAUAUCACGAACGCUGUCUUUCUUUCAAAAAGGGCAACAGCAGACCAAGCCCCUUCUCUCCUUUUCGGAUAGUUUCAAAAGAUUCGUUUUCAACAUAGUGACGAAAAAAAGGGAAUCGAUCGGCCCAGUCAUGAAGUCGAGGAAGCAGUUGGAAGCGCAGCAGCGUUACAAAAAAGAACAGGAGGAGAGGCAGCGGAUUAGAAACGAAGAAUUGAGGUUGGAGAUGGAACGUCGGAGGAGGGAGCAACAAGAAAAGGAGGAACACGAAGCCCGGAUCAAAGAGGAGCGCCAAAUCCGUGAGGUUGAACUAUGUCGAUUGCAUUGUGAACGAUCGACAGCUCUCCUAACACUAUGCUCGGCAAGCGUGGCCAGCUGGGCCAUCCAGCAAUGGCAACUAAAAAAAUUCCACUGGUGUAUGAGGUGUGACGGCCUUCCGGAUCCGAGUCACCUUCCGCAAUUGAACGCCUACCGUUAUCGAUGGAUCGACAUUAGCCAAACUACAGAGCCAUCUAUGGAGCGACUACUCUCAAGAGCUCCCGAACUUAACCAAGUUCUUCACGACCUCAACGAUCUACUGGAAAACACCCACGACAUCCCGCAAAAGAAAGUCCAACAGCUCAGUCAGAUGCAACGAGAGUUGUCGAAACUCUUGAGCCAAGAAAUCGAAGCCGCAGUUAAAAGCGUUUUGAGUGACGUGGAACGACAUCUACUGCCAGACGAAACACAGCUUAAUGUUCAGACUUGUUCCAAGCUUUUCACACUGGCUUUAGGUACUGACACAGCUAAAAACAGUUCCCUAACAUUACACGACUUUCCACGAUUGGGCGUCAGGUUGGACUUGCCUCAAAUUGUGUUAACUAACGCGAAACCUGUUGUGGCAUCAUUCGUUUGGUUUAAAGAGGGCCAUUAUCUUGAACCUCCAUUGAUAAAUGGCGUUCCAAGUCUACCAUCGAUACUUCAUCCCCUUACUGAAGAUGAUCCAUUGUACAAUCUGGUGCCUGAAAAUAUGCGAGCAAAGCAAAAGGAAACUCCAACUGAUGUUGACUUGGUGGCUGUAGACCAUGAUGAAGAUCAGCGUGGUUCUCCAGCAGACGACGUUAAAGCAGACGUACUAGACCUGAACAGUUAUCUGUUGGUGAUGGGCAUCUUGGAGCUCCAAUUACUUCAACUGCCUGUACAACCGAGACGAUUUGCUGACUGGACAGUAGCCUAUUUGGAGGAUGGAGACGCUAUCAAAACUUGCGAAUUUCGAGCAGUGUUCUGCGAAUCGGGAGCUGCUAAAGAAGCUGAAAAGGCUGGCAAAAGGGGAAAAAAUGACGAUGAUGAUGACCCUGGUGAUGGAAAAGAGUCAAACGAAGAGCUUAGAAAAUUAAUCAGCUUCAAAAUAAAGUUACCACCAACAGCAUUCUGGCUCGGUUGUCCGCGACCAGUCAUUCAUCAGAAAGAUUCAGGAACAUGGAAGAGCAAAGGUGUGUGGGACGUUCGCUUCUUUGAAGAAAUUGGAGGUCCUACGGUGCAAUUUCGUCUGGAAGAACCUGCCAUCGUAGCCUUCUCGCAGGCCAAACGUCUCAACUUGCCACUGCAAGGAUGGACACUGGUUCCUAGUCACAUGAGGAGCUCAAUAAUUAAUUCACUGGUGAGCAAACCUCCUGCUGAAGCUGCUAAGGGAUCAAAUACCAACGAAACGCGAGGUGCUGGAGGAGGAGGGGGUGGAGGAGGCGGCGGAGGUGGAGAAGGAGAGGAUUGGAGUGAUGACGAAGGCAGUGAUGAUGAAGGAGGGCGAGGUAACGGAACCGCCGUAGUUGAGGAAGCCGCAGACGAACCGGAUGAAAUCGAAUAUGAUCCGGAAGCACGUUCCAUCACGUUGACGCUCAACGGAGCUAUAGUUUCUCUUGACAUAGAAAUUCAAGAACAUCAAGUGUUGCUCCGUCGUGUUAGGACUUCAGUGAUUGUUAACGUUCAAGACUUGACUAAUAAGCCGAUGACUCCAUUUGAGCUCAUCAAAUCGCUGAGACGUCGCGGUCUAGAGAUUUCACCUAGUUACGAAGUCAGUUCUACAAUUGAAGAAUUGGCGAAAAACAAGAACAAGGCAGUUGAAAAUCAUCUCUAUCGAUGCAUUGCAAUAUUAGCCGCUUCUGAAAAGUUUUCUUUUUUGCAUAGUCGAUGGAAUCAGAUGGCAGGCGACGAGAAUUUUGUUCUACAAUAUCAAAAACUAGAAAACGAAACCAUGAGUCCACCUGCACUUGCCCAAGUCUCAUUGGAUCGAACACGACUUUUACCCUACAACGAGAGCAGCCUAUCACUCGAGCAAGAAAAUGUUAAAGAUGCUGAACCACAGUUUUAUGCCGAUUUGCUCAACGCCUUAUUCGAAUCGUCGCCUGUUGAGUUACGUAACCAGAUACUCGAUCCAUCCCCAGCAUUUGUCGGCACUAUCUACACCAUGUUGGCAGCCACACGACCGGCUUCAACUGCAUAAUGUCUGCCAUUAAAGCGAAGGUUUUUACGACUUCGCUACAAAUACAAGUUGUGGAAAGGUU